UUAAGGGCCAGGUGAGGGGCCACCGGAGGGAAGUGGGUGAUUUUGAUGUCCAAGGAAAGUCAGGUGGCUUGGGGGAUAAGAAUCCAACACCCAGGGGCCAAAAGGCAGUGGGAGGCAGAAAAGAAAGGAUAAACACCUGGAGGGUGGACCCCAAGAGGGAAAGAGGGCAGGGUCGCUUGGCCCAGCUCCCGGUCACCAUGCUGCUGCUCGUGCUGCUGCUGCUGCUGCCCCUCUCAGACCCAUGGGCUGUCCAUGGGCACCCACUCUACAUGCGCCUGCCCCCCAGCAUCCUGCAAGCUCUGUCAGCCCAUGGCACGAGAGCACUGCAGGCCGCCCAGAGGAGCGCCCAGUGGACAGUUAAUCGAGUGGCGAUGGAGAUUCGACACAGACUGCAUGAGUGCAGUGGCUGUGCCAACCAUACCAUCCCGUGCCCGGGCGCUGGGCGUCCCAGGCCUCCGGCCCCCCUCCUCCAGGAUCCAGCAGAGCCAGGGCCUUGUGGCGAGAGGCGCCCAAGCUCUGUCAAUGUGACACGGGCCCACGGCCGCAUUGUUGGGGGCAGCGCUGCUCCGCCCGGAGCCUGGCCCUGGCUGGUGAGGCUGCAGCUCGGAGGGCAGCCUCUGUGUGGCGGCGUCCUGGUGGCGGCGUCCUGGGUGCUCACCGCGGCGCACUGCUUCGCGGGUGCCCAGAACGAGCUUCUGUGGACAGUGACGCUAGCCGAAGGGCCCCAGGGGGAGCAAGCAGAGGAGGUGCCGGUGAACCGCAUCUUGCCGCACCCCAAGUUUGACCCGCGGACCUUCCACAACGACCUGGCCCUGGUGCAGCUGUGGACGCCCGUGAGCCCGGUUGGGGCGUGGCGCCCUGUGUGCCUGCCCCGGGGCCCCCGGGAACCCCCAGCCGGCACCGCUUGCGCCAUCGCGGGCUGGGGGGCCCUCUUCGAAGAUGGGCCUGAGGCGGAGGCGGUGAGAGAGGCAAGAGUGCCCCUGCUCAGCACUGACACCUGCAAAAGGGCCCUGGGGCCCGAGCUGCACCCCAGCAGCAUGCUAUGUGCUGGCUACCUGGCCGGGGGCGUGGACUCCUGCCAGGGUGACUCUGGAGGCCCCCUGACCUGUUCUGAGCCUGGGCCCCGCCCCAGGGAGGUCCUGUAUGGAGUCACCUCCUGGGGGGAUGGAUGCGGAGAGCCAGGGAAGCCUGGGGUUUACACUCGUGUGGCCGUGUUCAAAGACUGGCUCCAGGAACAGAUGAGUGCAAACCCCUCCAGCCGGGAGCCCAGUUGCAGGGAGCUGCUGGCCUGGGAGCCCCCCGGGGAGCCGCCGGCAAACGCCGCCCCGCCCUGCGCCUUCUACGCCCGCCUGUGCCCUGGGCCCGCGGCCGCCUGCGCUCGUCUGGCGCACCAGCAGUGCCUGCAGCGCCGAAGGCGAUGCGGUGAGUCCAGUUCCCAGGGCUGGCCCGGCGGACGGGGGCCUGGCCCAGGUCUGACCGCCUCUCGGACCCUUGUCCCGCCCGCAGAGCUGCGCUCGCUGGCGCACACCCUGCUGGGCCUGCUGCGGGGCGCUCAGGAACUGCUUGGCCCGAGCCCAGGGAUGCGGCGCCUGGCCCCCACCCUGGCUCGCCCCGCUCUGUCGCUCCCGGAGCCUCCCAGACACCCCGCCCGCGAGCAGCGGCUGCACCCAGGAUCGCGGGCUGCGGGCGCUCGGUUCUCGAAGCGGAGGCCAGAGCAGCGCGUGGAAGCGAACGGUUGCCCUGGGCUGGAGAGUUUGCAACAGAAGUUGACCACCCUUCAAGGCACCCAUGCCUGGAUCCUGCAGGUCCCAGCAGAGCACUUGGCCAUGGACUUCCACGAGGUCCUGGCCGAUCUGGGCUCCAAGACGCUGACCGGCCUCUUCCGAGCCUGGGUGCGGGCAGGCUUGGGGGGCCAACACGUGGUCUUCGGAGGCCUGGUAGGCCUGGAGCCGGCCACGAUGGCUCGCAGCCUCCCCCGCUUGCUGGUGCAGGCCCUGCAGGCCUUCCGUUUGGCCGCACUCGCAGAGGCAGAGGGGGCCCGGAUGGGUUCAAGGCAGAGCCAGGGGCUGGGGAGGAAGGGGCACCCCCCACUCAGUCCUCAGAUUUCCCCAGCCAGGGGGCCAUGAACCAUGUCUGGGCCCCCAACCCCUGGUUAAGACCUACCCCUCCAAGGGGCUCCUGUGAUAACAAUUUGUCCCAGCCACAGUUGAUUGGGUUGGGGGGGUGGGGGGCCUGGGUCCAUGUGUCUUCCCAGAUAUGUCAUCAGAAAAUCCUGGCUGCUUUAA